AUGAGUACGGAAUCAAAGAUGAGCAAGGAAGUGUACGACGCAGUGCUACUUACAGCAGGAGCAGUUGGUAUAUCAAUAGCAUCAAAGAAGAUAUUGAAAGAACCCUUAGGUACCCCAGAGAAUGUGAAAGGAAUGUUGAAGUUAGCUGUUUCAGUUAGUCUAUCAUCCCUACUAGUCUCUUACCUGAAAGAAAAGAAGUAUCUACCAGAUGAUCCAUUCAAAACCUAGGUAGAAUUAUACAAUGGCUGGGGCAGUUGCAGGAGGACUCUUCAAUGCAUUUGCAUUUGCAGGAGCAGGAUACCUAUUUAAGAUGUUUGACAAGAAUGGGUACGCUGAGGAAGCCAAAGCUACAACUACAACAAGGACGACUAUCUUAAGAAGAAGACUUCACACAAUAGGGUACGCUGGUUUGGGAGACAACUACUGAAACAUGUAGAUAACCCAGACAGGACUAUACUACGAAAUCAGUUUCAGAAGGUAGUUAGAUGUAUACAGAGACUUAGAUUACAGAGAGGCCGCAACAUUGUUAGAUACAAGUUUUAUCUACUCAGGUUAGCUAGCAUGAAUGGCAUUAAGCUGAGGGACCCACCAGAGGACAUUAGGACCCAAAAGAUAGUGAACGUGCUUGAGGACAGACUAUACGGAAAAGUAUUCGUUGAGUUUGGAUGGCAGCCUGAAAAUUGUACAUAUUAUAAUAACUGGAAAAAUAGAAACACUUAAAGAAAUAUUAAUAUAGUAAAUUAAUAAUGUAUACCGAAAAUGUUUUAAUAAAAACUGUAGUAAUCCCUCCGAAUCAAAUGAAUAGAAACAUAAUUAAAAAUAUACUAAAUAAUCUACAGGAAACCGUUGAGGGAAAAUGCUACGGUAAUUACGGAGUGGUUACUAAGGUGCACGGAAUCAAAAAGCUCUCUGGAGGUGGAAUACAAGCAGAAGACAUUAGGGCAGCGGCGUACUUUACUGUCCACUUCACAUGCACUUUGUGUAGACUUGAGGAGGGGGCAAUUGUUGAAAGAAAGGUUAGACGUAUCAACGGCAGGAUCAUUGUAAUAAAGAACGGUCCGGUGACCAUCCUCGCUACAACAGAUAAGUGUAUGACAGCCGGUGAAGACUGCAAAGUCAAAGUCCUGUCUGUAACCCUAAUAGGCGGCGAGCCAACAAUUACAACAACCGGGAAAAUAAUAAAUUAA